AUGAUUCGCCGACUCAGCAAGUCGGACAAGUACGACGUCCAGGGGGUCCAGGCCCCGUCCCCCGAGGACUACGGCACCAUGCGGAGGCCCAUCUUUACUCAGCCGCACUUCGACAGCGAGUUCGACGGCAUCGCCAAGGAGAAGCUCACGAUGGGCGAGAGGAUCGGCAGCACGGUGCGCAAGCGAUGGCAUCCCAAGCGGGUCCAACGAUGUCUCUUGGGCCUCCUGCCCGUGGUCGGCUGGCUGCGCAACUACGACGUCAAGAGGGACCUGCUCGCUGACGUCAUCGCCGGGGUCACCGUCGCCAUCUUCCAUGUGCCUCAGAGUUUUGGCUACUCAAUCCUCGCUGGUGUUCCGGCAGUGAAUGGCCUGUACACAGCCAUGUUUCCCAUGCUCAUGUACACGCUGUUUGGCACUUCCAAGCAGCUCUCUAUCGGUGCCUUCGCCGUCGUCUGUAUGAUGACCGGAACAGUGGUAGGCCAGUACGGCUUAGAGUAUGGAGCUGCCAACGUAGCAUCGAGCCUCAUGUUCUUCGUUGGCCUGUAUCAGCUGUUCUUCGGCGCUUUGAACCUGGGCGGCCUGAGCGUGUUCCUCUCGGAGCAGUUUGUGAGCGGCUUCACGGCUGGAGUCUCAGUGCACAUCGGCUCCAGUCAGCUGGGCAGCCUUUUCGGCUACGACGUCGGACACUUCUCAGGACCAUUUUUGCUCAUUCGGCUCUACACUGCCUUCUUCGAGAAGAUCAACACGACGCAUCUCCCCACUUUGGGCAUGUCCUGCAGCUGCAUUUUCCUGCUGCUUCUCGUCAAGCUGGUGGUUGAUCCUUACGUUGAGCGCAAGAUCAGGAUGCCCGUUCCCAUUGAAAUGAUCCUGGUCAUCGCAGGGACUCUGCUUUCCCGCUACAUGACUCUGGAAGACAAAGGAUUUGCCGUCAUUGACAACAUUCCCCGAGUGUUCCCGAUGCCGACGGUGCCUGACCUCAGCAUUGAUCUCGUAUCCAAGGUUGCAAUACCCGCCCUGGCCAUCGCCAUUGUCAGCUUUGCAAUCACGGUCUCUCUGGGUCGCAUCUUCGCCAGACGUCAUGGUGACGAAAUUGUGCCGAACCAGGAAUUCCUGGCGUUGGGAAUGUCCAACCUUUUCGGCUCUUUCUUCGGCUGCUUCCCGUGCGGUGCGUCCGUACCACGCAGUUCCAUUCAAGACAACGUGGGCGGUAGAACUCAGCUUGUCAGCCUUAUUAAUUCGGCGUUGAUUGCCAUUGUACUUCUGUAUCUCGGGAGCUACUUGGAGAAACUUCCAGUGGCUGUUCUGGCUGCGAUUAUCUUCGUGUCUCUGAAAAAGGUUUUCAUGCAAGUCCGUGAUUUCAUCAAUUUUUGGAGAAUUUCCAAGAUUGACGGAUACGUGUGGCUGGUGACGUUCUUCGCAACUGUCGUCCUGGAAGUUCAGCUUGGUCUGAUUAUCGGAGUGGUCUUCUCACUGCUCACGCUUGUCUACAAAAUCCAGAGGCCUAAGACCUGUCUUCUUGGUUACAUCCCCAACACGGAUUACUACGUGCCCCUCAAGAAGUAUGGAGUGGCAAAGGAGCUAGGUGGAAUUAAGGUGUUCCACUUUGGCGGGCCUCUGCAUUUUGCCAAUGCCGAAUUCUUCAGGGCGGAACUGUCGCGCCGCACGUUUGUCAGUGUCAGCAAGGUAAUUGCAGCCCGCGAAAAAAACGGAGCCAAGACCCCGUCACUUUUCUGGCUGAAGCCGGACGAGACUCGGUCGAGCUACGAAGAGCUGGCCGACUCGAGGGCCAGCAUCCCGUCGAGCAGCGGGGUGAGUGUCAGCACCCAGACCAACUCCGAGUGUCCGGCCGAGGAGAAACCUUCGCGCGAAGAAGAGUUGCCGCGACACAUCAUCCUCGACUUCUCUCGGGUGAGCUUCAUCGACGGCUCCAGCGCCAUCGUCUUCAAGCAGGUUCUCAACGAGUUCCAGGGAAUCGGCAUCGGAAUUUACAUUGCCUGCUGCUCAGCCUCCGUCUUCUCGAUGAUGAGGAAAGGCAGGAUUCUGGAAGAGAUCCCGGCGGCCAACUUCUAUCCGUCCAUCCACGACGCCGUGCUCUCCGUGUACAAACAGCCUCUACCCGCGGAGCAACGUCACUAG